GAAAAACUCGAAGUAGAUGGAGAUGACUCACUCGUACACGAGAAACAAGGUGACUCAUGGUAUAGUCAUACACUGGAGAAAGCAAACGGGCAAAGGCAGUUGCUGCAGAUGGACGUCGUUGGUGGGACAUUUCUAGUUGAUGGAGCUCCAUGCGGUCGACUACCCGAUGAGAUUGUUAAUUAUGAUUUACUAGUUGAAGAUGAAGUUGUACAACUUGAGAGGAUGUUGAUAUCAUGGAAGAUAAGACUCUUGGAUUUUAUGAUAUUUUGUAGUUUGGGUAAAUUUCUAUAUAGGGCUUGUAGUUGUUAUUUCGAGGAAAGUUCUUAAAAAUACUUGUUGUUGUUGUUGUAGAUACUACAGAUGAAAGUUUCUAUCGAGCUCCUUCUAGAGGACAUAUUUUUUUUUGCAUUUUUGACUGGCUCUUUGUUAUCUCAGCACCUCUAAUCCACCCAUCCGGACUACACUCGAAUCUUCCAGCGAUCGAUCUUUUCGGUGCACCCUGUUGGCAGUGGCUUAUACAAGACAUCGGCGAAGUUGAAUGGGGCCACG